AUGAAUUCAAUUCCAGAGGAGCUAUUGACAAUUAUACUCUCGAAAUUGCCAAUAAAAACUUUCACAACCUUCAAACUUGUUUGCAAGCAAUGGGACUCGAUCUUGGAUUCUCCAUAUUUCCGUGACUUGUUUCACUCUACGCACCAAAACUCAUCAUGGUCGCUCAUGUCUUCGGAUUACGAGAAAGAACACAUAGUUCAAUACAGAUUCAACAGUUGGGGUCUCGAAAGGUCUCUAGGCUCUUACAUCUCAUCAUUCCUAACCAAGAAGUUUGGGAGUCAGAGACACAAAUACAGAGUCUGGUCUUACGCUGAGGUUGGAUUGAUAUUGAUCAGUGAAGUCAAAUACCAUGGGAAGAACCGAUCAUUGUACGUGGCUAAUCCAAUUACACAUGAAUGCAUUAAAAUACCUUCUCAUAAUGCUCAUCACAAAGUUUACUCAUGGCCCUUGGGAAUCACCACAAGAACUGAGAAAGGUGUCGUUUUGGAUUACAAAGUUGUUCUCUACAGGAAAAACAACUUAUUGAUAUAUUCAUCUCAUACAUGCUUGUGGAGUGUCUACAAAACUAUGUUGUUGUAUCCUUCAAUGAAAGAAGCAAAUUUCAUUAGAUUUUGCUCAACUUGUCAAGGAUCACUCAUGUAUAUGAAUGUAGUCCCUGUAACCAAAGCUGAUGGAACACUAGAGGAUACGUUAUGUGUAUGGAGGCUAAAGAGUUGGGAAUGGCAACUUGUAUCUGAAAUCGCGUGGGAUUUGAUUGAUGAUACUGACUGUUCCCGACAUUUUCCGUUGGGAAUAAACCCUUUUGAUGCUAAAAUAGUCUACUUUGGGAACACUAAUAUGAAACAAAGAUUGCUUUCUAUUAACUUACACAGUAGAAGUAUGCAACGAAGUUUUCUCCAUAGUGAGAUGGAACGUGACAGAAACGGUAUCAUUCAGCUGAAAUCCACUGAAUUUGAGAAAUCGUGCGUUUUCCCACAAUGGGUGCAUAAGAUCCCUGUUACCACAAAAUGA